ACCAUGGGCUUAAAGAAGCAUGAGUAUUGUAAGCAUUCUCUUAUAUGAAAUGAAAUGAAUCCCCUCUCCUUGAAAUUUCUUGUUCUCCUCUCUAGCCUUCUUCUUUGUUUCUUUCCCUGUUCUUUCAUUUUUUUUUUUUUUUAUUUUAGUUACAAAAUUUGUAGUCAGUAAGAAAGGGAACGCAUCAUUAGUAUCAGAGCCUCCAUCUUGGCAAUGGGUGAAGUGAUGAAGACCAUAUUUCAGAUUGAUGACACUCUGCUGCAAGAACUAAUGGAGCGCUUCGAAUUCAGAUUGAAUAGUAUGUUUGAUCAGUUGCGUGAAGCUAUUGGAUCCCACCUGAAAAGUAUGAUUUCCCAACUUAACCAAUUAUCUGCUAAUCUGGACAAUAUUAGUGAAGCGAUUAGUGAUUCUGAGGUGAAUAUAGAAGAAAAUGAUUAGCAGAUAGAGCGGAAACCAUCUAUGGAGUCAAUUGAUGAUCUCUCCUUCUCAUCGUUGUCCUCCAAUAUUGAUUUACCUGUGACCAGUAAGUCCUUACCUUAACUUGCAGGAGUUAGUUCAGUAUUUAAGCAUGAUGAAUCACCUAAUUGUAUGGUUGUCGGUGUUUUCGUGUUAAGGAAUGUACAGUUUUUUAAUGUUGGAAAUAGGUUCAGGACUUUUGUGGUAGUAGAUAACAGAAAGGGUGCCAAACCUUCCCUUGUAAGGGUUGUUGAUGUUCGUGGAACAAUAGAAAAGGCUUGUUCAAUAGUGUUUAUAGUUGGAAAUAACCUUGUUCUUUGUGAUCCUUAUGGGUUUAGACUUCUAGUAAUGAGAAAGAUUUGGGGUGAUGGUUGGGAAGCUGACUUUGGAAAAGUUAAUGACGGAAAUUCAUGCUUGUCGUCAUUGAUCACAAUCACUACACUUUUCGGUUUGAAUUUUUUGAUUGAGACUUGCCUUGUUAAUAGUACUGUUAUUUGUUUGGUAUUCAAACACUCUUCCUGUUACCUUUAUUUCCUGGAGGAUGGCAUUGCUAGUCUAGUUGCCAAAGAGCAAUCUAAUUCAUUUGUGUUAAUGAUUGUCAGAGUUAUCAGUUCAUAUGUUGUUGAACAAGUUCAACUGGCACUUGAUAAGCUUACUUUUGUUUAUAAGAGAUUCAACAACCAAGUGUUGUUGUUUGAGGAGCCCUUACUUGGGGUAGUUUCAUUACUAACUACUAUUUGGAAGCUUCAGUCAUCUACUGAAUAUUCGAUCAGUUUAUAUCUGGAGUUUCUUUUGCUUUCUUUAGUGGAAAAGUGUUAUAAAACUGAUCUGUCCAUUUUAGAGGAAGAUAUUUUCAAGGUUAAUCAGCCGAGGAACUUUUUCUCUAUUGUUGUUAUGAGGGAAUGAUAUGUCUUAGACAAAAGCAGUUUCGGGAAGCACUGGAACUUCUACACAUUGUUGUGAUUGCUCCUAUGUCUAUGAUCAAUGCUAUAGUUGUUGAGGCUUACAAAAUAUACAUAGUGGUCGCUUUUAUUUACUAUGGAUAGUUUUCUACCAGUCUCCCUAAGUAUGCUUCUUCAGUUGCUCAAAAAAAUUGGAAGAAGCACUCUGAGUUCAUUAGCUAUCCAAUUUACUUCUGGGCCGACAAGACAAUUGAGAUAAAGAUUGGUGAUGAUGAAGACAAUGGACCUAAAGAGAAUGAUAAUGAAGCUAUAUGCCUUCGAAUGGUACUGGUCUGUGAAAUGCUUACUUGUCAUAUGGCCGUAGACAAGCUGUUCAUUCCUGGGGUUUGGGAACUAUUUUGGUCAACAAUGGUUCCUGUGUGCUGGCUCACAGUAGAGGGGUGGAGUGCUACUGGUGUAUAAUUGGAUUACAUGAGUAAAGAUCAUGUUGCUUCUCAGCUUGCAAAUUGCACUGUCUCUCAAAAUACGUCAUUGAUUCUGUUACAGAACAAUAUGCUAGAAUCAAUGAUGCGUGAGAUGCAGUGUUUGUUAUGUGUUACUGGUGCUGGAAAAUUACACCUUGAGCUCUGUUUCAAGAAUUUACAAAAAGAUUUCUGGAUGAUAUUGAGAUUAUCAUACCUGAUCCUUUUGUGCCAUUGUGUGAGACUAUCUUUGAGAGGUCUUACAGAACUAUGAUGAGCAAGUUUAUUAAUAAGCACAAUCAGUGGCCGACAGAUGAGGAAACAGUGGCUGAAGAUAACAUGAGGAAUAAUUGCCUUGAAGUCUUUGAUGUGAUUCUCUAUACUGAUGACCUCUACCAAGUUGGUGGUCAUAUCUAUUUCAUUAAUAGGAGGGUUUCCUGUGCUUUUCAGUUUAUGGCCAAGCCAGGGCUUCUGAAGCUACUUGCUUGGGGGAGAAUCAAGCUCCUGAGCAAGCACUUGAUGGGUUUUUCCUUGUCUUUAACUAGAAGUCUAGAAAUGUAUUAUACUUGAAAUGGGUUGUCCAACCUGUCGUGGUCACUUGUGUUGUGCACAGUAUGAUAGACAAACUAGAACCUACUAGUGUUGAAGCAACUGUUGUUGCAAAUACUCAAUUGGAAGUUGCUUGAGUUCUGUUCAAAGAUCUUGCUAGUGUUCCUUACAAGAGUAGCAACGUAACAGUAAAAACAUGUGCAACAGUGCUUGCAAGAACACUGUUAGAGUAAGAUACCUCUCAUCUUGAAUAUGAUGUUACCAAAAAUGAAUAUGUUGAUAUGAUAAAGGCUGGUAUUAAUAACCCAUUAGAAGUAAUUCGAACUACUUUGGUUCAACUUGAAAGUGUGACAUCAUUGACGACAACAACUGAAGCUGUCCUAGUUAAAUCUCCAAUGGUGAGAAGGAUGUUCCAACAAUGCAGCGUGGUUGGGGUAUCCUGUCCUUCGAUCCUUGAGGACAAGUAUCUUCUCAAAGUAGGAAGUAUUGAUACGUGCCUAUUUUAUUGUAUUGUAGUUUGGGCUUAAAGAAUUAGACCAAUUACCUAUAUGGACUGCUAUUUCAUUUCUUUGCAUGUAUGGCCUGUUAAGGUCCUUAUUCAAAUACUAUUUUCCUUAGUGUUAGAUGGGAAUAGAGGCUGUCUUCCCCGAUAUUCUUGAGAUGCAGCUGCCAACGAGAAUGAGCAGCACAAAAGGGAGAAGCACGAGUAUUGAAAUUUGGACAGAAUGGAGUUGACAGGGAGGACUCUCGAUGGGUAGUGGUGGAGGGAUAGCAGUGGGAUGAUGAAGCUGAUGGAAUGAGCUUUUAAGUGGACUAGGUAAUGGUUGAAAUCGAGUGAAUGAUGAUGGCUGUUGGAUUUUUUUGGCCGUGUUCUGGUCUCUGUUCGUGGGUUGUGGUCUUUACCUCUGUGUGUGUGUGGCUGCCCUCUGUUGCCUGACGGUAGAUGGCGGUUGUAGAGACUUGAAUAUAAGCACUGAGUCCCCAUUGUGAUGGAAUCCCAGGUCAAAAGAAGUUUAUCAUCUUACCAUCAUCUGUAUUCAGCUCAAUCUUAAACUUUCAAUUAUCUUAAGUUUAGUUUCCAAAUGAAAUUCAAUCAGAAGAUAACAACAAA